GCUGACUUGUGAUGUUUACUUGCCGCCGCAUCUCCAACUCUCUUUCUUAGCUGCAUUAGCUGCAGGCUAGAUAGCAGUAGCGACGGCACCAUGGAGCGGAGAACAAUGAAACGGGGAAAUCCGAAUCUUCCUUCUUCACUCACGAAGCGACUCCGGUUGCCGCUAUCGAACGGCGAGGCGCUAGAUCUACCUGCCGCCGGAGAACGGGGCUCCUCCCUGUCAUCGCCGUCCUCUAUUAUGGUUACUGGUCUCCCCUUAGACUGCACGGUCCUCGAGCUUAAAUCGCGCUUUGAGAUGUAUGGUCCUAUCUCCCGCACCCGAAUCGAUGAGAACUGCUCCGGAUAUGUGACUUUCCGCUCUGAUCAGGCUGCUGAUGCAGCCAUGGCCGCCUCCAUCGACCCUACUUUCGGCAUCGCAAUUAGAUCCUCGAAGCUUCAAGUGGUUCGGGCAAGUGAUCCGGUGACACACUGGAGAAUUGGAGUUGGAGCUUCUUCCACCUCCAAACUCGUGCGGCCAGGAAAACCUCUGAGCAAACUCGGUAGAACGAAGAAGCCGAUUUUUUCAGGUACAAUAACGGCUAAAAAUGGGCCAGAAUUGUCCCAUACAGAAAGGAAAAUCAGAGCUUAUGAUGACCUUUUCUGAAAAUAAUUUUUUCUUAAUUAUAUCAUCCUUGAGUUGUGAUCCUCAUAUUUAUGGUUUAAACCUUAAACCAAAGGUUAUUUUGUAAAAGUUGACCCUUCUUUAACUUAGAUAACUUUAUAAUAGAAUUACUUGUUUGAAAA